ACAGCAUCCUGGACCAGCCCGGGAGACUCGAUGCGGCAGUCGAAAAUGUUCCGACGCGCGUAUUCGUAAACUUCUCGUUUCGUGACGUACACGUAUAAGUUACCUGUCAAACGUAACAAUGUUUUCGGCUUAUUUAAUAUGAAUGGGGAUGUCGAAUUUGGGGCGAAGAUCAAUUUGUACGGCGAACGAUUAUUUCGGAUUCGAAGCGGUAGAUGAGAAAAUGUAGUUCAAAUGUCGCUGGUCGCGUCAUGUGCGUAAUCGAUACACUCUCGUUGAAAAAAAUAAAAUCGGUAACUGAAAUAUUUUAUGCGAUGUGGUUUAUCAUCAUCAUCGUUUUCGUCGAAGAAUCUGAGAGCAUUUCGUUUUUGGUACACAAAUAUAGUACUAGAAUCGUCAAAACUAAAUACGGACCACUCAGAGGAAUUAUCAUUCACAUGCAUCCGUCAGUCGAGGCCUUUCUGGGAGUACCUUACGCCACCCCGCCAGUCGGAAGCUUAAGGUAUAUGCCUCCGGUGACGCCAUCUAUGUGGAAAUCGACACGAUUGGCAGAUAGAUUCAGCUCCGUCUGUCCUCAACGUUUGCCCGAUAUCAGUAACCGAUCUGAGGCUCUAUUGGAAUAUCCGAAAAAUCGGUUACUCUUCUUAGAAAAAGUUUUACCGCUGUUAGCUAAUCAAAGUGAAGACUGCCUUUACCUCAACCUCUACGUGCCCAGAACCGCGACUGGCGGUGAAGAAACCAGUCUGUUGCCUUGUAUAGUGUAUGUCCAUGGAGAAAGUUAUGAAUGGAGUAGUGGAAAUAUAUACGACGGUACUCUUCUGGCAUCUACAGGACGAGUCAUUGUAGUUACAAUCAAUUUUAGACUUGGCGUACUAGGUUUUUUAAAAACUGGGGCGAAAAGUAGCGCCCAAGGAAAUUUCGGUUUGAUGGAUUUGGUGGCGGGAUUACAUUGGUUAAGGGAAAACCUACCCGCUUUUGGAGGUGAUCCACAGAAGGUGACGCUCAUGGGCCAUGGAACCGGAGCCGCUUUAGUAAAUUUUAUAGCUAUAUCUCCAGUUGCUAAAGAAUUACUUCAUCGGGUGAUAUUAUUAAGUGGAUCAAGUCUGAGCCCGUGGGCAUUACAAAAAGAUCCUCUUUGGGUGAAGAGAAGUGUAUCCCUUCAUACAAGAUGUUAUGGAGAUCUGUUAGAAGAUGAUUUGGCUCCAUGUUUAAGACUACAACCUUUAAAUCAUUUACUUGAUACGCGGUUAGACGUUCCACGGUUUCUUCCAGGUUUCGCUCCAUUUGUGGACGGUACAAUUCUAGUAAAUCCAACUGCAGUUCCGCCCACUAUCGGAGCUCCAACCAUCUCCACAUCCCAAGGAUACGAAUUAGCCGAUUUUCCGGACAGAGCUCUCUUAUUCGGUCUCAUUACAACCGAAUCAUAUCUGGACCUCAACGCUCAAGAUUUAGAAUUCGGUUUCAACGAAACGAAAAGAGAUAGAAUUUUGAGAACGUACGUACGAAACGCUUACUAUUAUCACCUGAACGAAAUUUUUUCCACUUUGAAGAACGAAUAUACCGAUUGGGAGAAACCCUCGCAGAAUCCCUUGAGCGUGAGGGAUGCCACGCUCGAUGUACUCAGCGACGGACACACCGCAGCCCCUCUGAUAAGGAUAGGAUAUUUGCAUAGUUCGAAAGGGGGGACGACGUUUUUUUUCCAUUUCCAACACCACAAUGGAGAACGAGACGUCCCGAUGAGAUUCGGAAGCGUUCGAGGAGAUGAGCUUCCUUACGCUUUGGGCUUCCCUCUGACCGGUGCUGGUUUCUAUUCUCCUUACAAUUACACAACUAAUGAUGCUGCCAUAUCAAAAGCGCUGAUUCAUUAUAUCAGUAAUUUCGUUAAAAGCGGGAAUCCGAAUGGUGACCUACCGGAUCAAAAGUCUUUAACCGAUAAGCAGACAUCAACCUUUCCAUUUUGGGAUACUUACGAUACUAUAAAUCAAUUUUAUUUGGAGAUUGGAAAUCGUUUAGAGAAGAAAGACCACUACCGGGGUCACAAGAUGUCCCUUUGGUUGAAUUUGAUACCGCAACUACAUAGGCCCGGUGACGGUGACGACGUAUCCAUGAGACACCAUCAGUUCCAAGAAGAAGACGACCAAUAUUAUGACGGUUUCGUUCGACCGCAGCUCAAAGAAAAACCGACAUAUUUUUAUCACGUCACAACAAUGGCAUCAACUAUAUCAACGGAGAAUCCAGUUACCACGCUACUGCCGCCAAAAUCUGAUACAGCUCUUCAGGCAACAACUACAGAAUGCCCUCCAAAUCAAACGAUAUAUCUUCCGAGUCAAACAAAGACGUCUAACAAUAUAUUAAGAAAGUUAGCUUCAAGUCAUUAUCAGAACUACACCACCGCCCUUACGAUUACUAUAGCCGUCGGUUGUUUCCUUUUAUUACUCAACAUUCUCAUCUUCGCCGGCAUCUAUCAUCAGAGAGACAGAGAAAAGAAUAAGCAGAAAAUCAAAGAGGCACAAAAUGAAUCCGGAAGCUGUAGUAGUUCGUCAGGAGAAGGCUACGACAAAUCCUACGAAAUACAACCCGCAAAUACGAAAUGUGGCAGACACAAAUUUAUGGAUGAUUGCAGCUAUAAUCAAAAACGUUUUAUCGAUACCCAAAUAACAGAACUACCUAUCCAAAAUUUCAAAUCCUCUCCGCCUCCAGCCAAAAGAAUAGAAAACCUUCACCCCAGUUUCCAUCCACCUGAUGUUACCAGUACCAGUCAAGAUGUACUUCUUGAUAGAAACGAUGAACAUCCGUCUCCGGUUGUGGAGGUUCUACCGACAGCAAGUACAAACCAGGGGAUCCUCAGGCCGCAAGGGGUUCCUGUUACACCGGGAACUAUGAAAAAACGUGUUCAAAUUCAAGAAAUAUCCGUUUGAUCAUUUAUUUGUGCAAUCGAUCAGUAUUUUUAUAAUUCGAGAUAAAAAUUCUUUUUUCUUACAAGAUACUAGUUUUUUAAUAAUCUUUUUCUAUUGAAACUGCUUUUUUUUGCUGUUUAGAAAGUCCUUUUAUAGAGCAGCUCAUUUUUGCUCAAUUAUAGUCAAGAAUAUAGAGCAUAAUACUUGAUACUUGUAUUCUAUAAUUUUUUUAUAUGAAUAACUUCUCCGAUCUCCCUCGUAAAUCGAGUAACAUACCUUCUGAACGAUAAUUUUUGUGUAAAAAACGUUGGAAAGUGACUAAAGAGAAAAAUUGCGUUUCUUUUCACUAUACAGAGUGUUUCUUUUGUCUUAUAUUCGCUGUCUACUACCUACUUUACUCAUCUUCCAACUUUUUUAAUCACCCCCGUAACUCAAUUUAAUUUUUUUCUCUUAUAUACGUCCUUUAAGAGUAUUUUUUCGAAUUAUGAGCCUCCUAUUAGUGAUAUUUUAGUCUAUAUAUAUUUUUUUAUGCACGCAUGUCGUGUCAGCAGAAUCCUUCAGGUUUCAAAAAAUCCAACAAUUCUAAAACGAUAAUUUUCAAGUGAAAACGUUAAAAAAUGAUCCCAAAAUGGAAAUUUUCAUUCUAAUUUCCUUUAUUUUUCACUAUACAGGGUUCAUACAGUUCAUAUGUUUCUUUGUUUUAUAUUCACUGUGUACCACUCACUUUACUCAUCUUCCAACUUUUUUAAUCACCCUCGUAAUUCAUUCUAAAUUUUUACUCUCUUAUAUACAUCGCUUAAGAGUAUUUUUUUGAAUUAUGAGCCUCCUUUUAGCAAUAUUUUACUCUAAUCAGUUUUUUUACACAUCCAUGUCAAUCACAAGAUUUUUUCAAUUUUCAGAAAAAUCCUACACUUCUGGAAGGAAAUUUUUUGUUUAAAAACGUUAAAAAGUUUCUCAAGAAGAGACUUAUUCAUUCUUGUACGUUUAUUUUCCACUAUACAGGGUGAUAUAUUCAAUAUAUUCGCUAUGUAUCCAUCUUUUUUAAUUACCCUUGUAGCUAAUUCCAAAAAAACCCCAUAAUUCUACCAUAAUCUUUUUUGUAAAAACUAGCGUUGUAACGUUAGAAGCUCCAUGAGCAAAACUCAUUUUACUAUCACUUUUCUUUUUAUAAAUUAUUUGUCGUUUAUUCAUGAACAACCAAAAGUAUAUCUUCUUCAAAUACCCUCGUAGCUUUUUUAACACGUUAGUUACCGUGAUAAUUUUCAGGAUUUGAUUUAAUAGAAAACAGAAAAUUAAAAAAAAAGUUCUUAUUAAUAUAUGUAACAAAAGUCACUUCGGCGAAGUUAUUUGACAUAAUUGGCAGUUAACGUGUUAAAACAAUUAAAGAAUGUUAUUUGUGCCUAAUUCUUUUCAUGAUACGUUUCAUUUUUCACCUUCAGGUUUAUUAGUAUUCACAGGAUUAAAUUAAAAAAAAAAAACUAGUAUUUUCAAAAAA